AUGCCCCUCGACACAUCCACCUACUCCCUCGCGCUCCUUCGCCUCGACGGUCGCCGCUGGAACGAGCUCCGCCGUCUCACCGCCCAAAUGCGCACGCAGGCCUCCGCCGACGGCUCCGCGUACCUCGAGAUGGGCAACACCAAGGUGAUUUGCACGGUGUCUGGGCCGUCUGAGGGGGGUGCUGUCCGACCGGGCGGCGGCGAGGAGGCGGUGGUCGGUGUGGACAUCAGUAUUGCUGGGUUUAGCGGGGUGGAGAGGAAGAGGAGGGCGAGGAACGAUAAACGCGUGGCGGAGAUGCAGAAUACGAUCGCGACGGCUUUUGAGGGGGUGAUUUUCACGAAAUUGUAUCCACGCUCGCUCAUCACGCUGUCAUUACAUGUCCUCGCGCAAGACGGUUCGCUGCUCGCGGCGUGUAUCAAUGCGUGCACGCUCGCGCUGAUCGAUGCGGGUGUGCCGAUGAAAGACUAUAUCGCGGCGUGUACGGCAGGGAGCACGAGCAGCUACAGCAGUAACGAGGAGGCUGCGGAUCCGCUGUUGGAUUUGAAUGCUGCGGAGGAGCAGGAGUUGCCGUUUUUGACGGUUGCGACGGUGGGGGAGAGCGAUUUCGUGAGUGUGUUGGUAUUGGAGACGAGGGUGCAGGUUGGACGGUUGGAGGGUAUGUUGGCGGUGGGGGUGGAUGGGUGUAAACAGGUUAGGGCGAUAUUGGAUGGGGUUGUGAGGACGAGAGGGGGGAAGAUUCUGGAGGGGUCAACGGUUUGA